AACAACAAAGAUGUCGGAUCAAUACGCCACCGUUCAGAAAGGCUCCCUGAAAUUGAAAGGGAUUGGAGUUGUUUCCGUUGGUAAAAAAAAGAAGAAGAAGGACAAAGAGAAGAAGCGUUUGGAGCAGCAAAUUAAUACAAAUCGAAACGAAGAGGAGGAGACCAAGAGUGGAUACAUUGACAAAAGAACACCAGCUCAAAUUGCAUUUGACAAGAUGCAAGAGAAGAGGCAAAUGGAGAGGAUUUUGAACAAAGCAGAAAAAACUCACAAGAGGAGAGUUGAGGAUUUCAACCGUCACCUGGACAGCCUGACAGAACAUUACGAUAUCCCUAAAGUCAGCUGGACCAAAUGAAGAGGACUCCUGGAUCACUUUUAUUUUCGAAUAUGCUUUAGAAGUUCCUUUUAUGCCCAUUGUGACACGUUCUGUCAUUUUGUUGUUCGUUAAUAUGUAAUUUGGGUGAGUUCUUAAAUUCACUCUGGCUAUCUCCUCAAAUUUCAGAGCACUCUUGUCUGUGUGCCAGAGCGCAUGAUGAAUUUGCUAAUGCUCAACACCCGUUGAAUAUGGCAGAUUGUUGCCAGCAGCACAGUUAUUCACCAACGCUCUGGAUAACAUGAAAACAGCCUAACCAGCUCUGCUAGGGCGAGUAAAAUGAUCAGUGAGGUGUUCUCUCAUUUGUGUCUGGAAGUAGCUAGCCAACGUUUGCCAGUUAGCUUGGGUGCUUGACUGCCGUGUGAGGUCAGAACGCUCUAAGCAAUCCUACUCCUCGGCCAGAGCUUCCAGUGUAUGCUCUGAAUUCACGAACAGACAAUCUGACAACGCUCUGAAUUUACAAAUGCCCAGAGUGCACUCUGGAGUGACUUUACGAACACACCCUUUGUGAAUACAUUUGUUCCAUAUGCUGAAUUCUACUAGAUUACACAGAAUUGCUGUUGUAAUCAUGUGUAUUUGAUUAAAGUGAGUUACCUU